CAUGGUGAGUAUUGAAAUAACUGAAAGGCGAACGAAGCAAGAGGACAAGGAGAAGGACGAGCCUAGAUUCGAUGAACAAGAAGACAGAUUUUGUCACUUCUAGUGUGUCAAUGUUGCAAAAAUAGAUAUAACUAAAUAAUGACGACGUCGGUAACUACAUUUGGAUCCUUAAGGACAAUUACUACAGUCAGAACUUGUCCAGUCAGAACUUUAAGUAGCUAGCAAUAUAAUUUUUAAGGUGCAAGGUCUCAUUUCUUUCGCGAGAAAUGGACGACUCCCGCAUACGUCGUACCUCAGCUGGCCCGAGUACAUGUGUUUGGACUACUAGGACAACUUAAACCCAUAUGCUAUUCGCAAUCAAGAGUUGCAAGCCCAACUUUAUUAACCAGACCGAAUAAACAAAAUGUCGCUCCUCUUGAGGCCAACUACAGGUUUCAUAAUCACCUUGGCGUUUGCUUUGCUGUUACAAGGUCAAGGUGUGGCUGCUUUGUCACUCAAGGCACCAUGGAAACAACGAGAGGAAGCCAUCUUAGCAGCUACUACUGAUCUUCAACAGCGCAACAUUCCCAUUGGUCUUCGUCACGUUCUUGAACCGCCAGCAGCAGCGGCGCAAGGGGAACGCCAAGACAUUUUUGACCACAACAACGCUUCUGAAGAUCAAGUCCAAGUAGUAAACCAAGACAUAGAACUACAUGAAGAUGAUCAUGGUGAUGAUCAUGUUCCUUCUUACAGUGCAAUGAUAAAUGAAAUGCACCAAGAAGAAGCAGAGAUGGACGAUGACACUUGGGAUUCCUCAGCAACUCUCCAUUCUGAAGACGUAUUCGGUAGAGACGGUGAAGAAAUCACAGCCGCCACCGCCUUCACCGACUUCAUCGGACAAGCGCAUAGCCGUGCGUGCCAAUAUGUUCUGGCUGAGGAGGACACGGGCAUUCGUCCAAACGUCGAUUUAGAGCACUCAAACACGACUGCUCUAAGAAACUACAAUAACAACAAUUUAGAGCAGCACGACUCUGUCGAGUUGCAGCAGUUUAAUUUUCAGCGUGGGGGUUCCAGCGCGUCGGCAGCCUUUUCGCCGUCGAGGGUCAUGACAAGUGGAACAGAUGAUGAGGGAGAACAUCUUGCAAACAUAGUUCAAAGGUUUCCUCUCCCGCACGAAGACGACGUUGGUACAACGACAUACGUGUGGUCUCAACUUCCUCGUCCACAAGGAUAUGUUGACUCCGCGGGCCCUUAUCAGGCGGAAUCAAGAACUACAUCUGCUAGCCAAGGGCUCGCAAAUGCUUUACAACAAGAUCGUCAAAAACUAAAUGAUGUUAAUCAGUUGCCUCAAGAAAUCAAAGGAGAAGCAAGUUCGACAGAUGGAACUGUGGUACGGAGACAUCAACAAGGACAAGAUGCAAGUGCAAGACGUAUUUCAACAAGAGCAGCACAAGCACAACGAGGACGACAACAAGGAGACACAGACAGUAGUACUAGUAGAAUAUUAACAGUAAAUAGUAGACUUCCAACAUCAUCAACAUCACAUGCAGUUGUAGAUCGAGAGGCGCAGCCAGUCUCUUCUCGUGAGGCACCCACGUAUGUGCCAUCUUCGAUUCUCAUGCAGGAGGCUUUCAGAGAAGAUGCUAUUGGUAAUAGUGUGGGAGGUGUGGGUCUGGGACUGGGUCCUUUUCCUUCCGUGAUCGAUUUUGAGGAUCUACAACGACCAUACGCAGAGGCAGAAGAAGCUAGGAAAAUAGAAGUAGAAGAAGUGGCUAGAUCUGUCACAUUGGCGGCCUGCCUAAACCGAGAAGGGCGGAAGAGCUUAGCAGGAGGAAACGCGAGCAGCGCGAGCUUCCUCCCAACAAUGAGUAGCGCCACUAUAGAGGCAACGGAUCACCUUCACAGCUUCAACGUCAGCAAAAUCGUAGAAAUCCGAAGAGAGGCAGGGAAGUCGUAG